AUGCCUGUCGGUGCAGCACUCUGGCGCAGUUUACGAGCUCAUCAAGUAUAUGGAGCUAACACGGACGUGGGGAAAACAAUCGUCUCCACGGUGUUGUGUAAUGCCGCCCAACGCCAGAAACAACAGGCCGCAUUUCUCAAGCCCGUGUCUACAGGGGCACUGAAUGACGCCGAUGAUCGGCACUUGAAACGUUAUGGCGCCGGGACGCUCACCAAAUGUCUCUACCAAUUCGAUGAUCCAGUGAGCCCGCAUUUGGCAGCAAAGGAUAAAUUUGUUCCGCGAGAUGAUGAUCUCCUCGCAUCCAUACAUAACACACUAUCCGACUGGGCGCGGUCUGACAUUGACUUCGCCCUUGUUGAGACUGCCGGGGGCGUGCACUCCCCUGGCCCCAAUGGCAAUUCCCAGGCAGAUUUAUAUCGACCACUUCGGCUGCCAAUCGUGUUGGUGGCAGACUCUCGUUUAGGGGGAAUCUCUUCUUCGAUCUCUGCCUACGAGUCGUUGCUCCUUCGUGGUUAUGAUGUCUCAUCGGUUCUCUUGUUCCGAGAUGAGUACUACCAAAAUCAUGAAUACCUGCGUGAUUACUUCCAGAAAAAGAGUAUUCCUAUGGUAUCGCUCCCAGCACCUCCAGCCCGGCCAUCGCAGGUGGAUGCCAACUCCCAAUUAAGGGACGAGGAGGCCAUGCUCAGCUAUUACCAAAAGUCCGCGAAGGAGUCAGAGGUCCUUCGACUGCUUGAAGACAUGUCCAUCCGCAAUAAUGAGCGCGUCGAACGUCUCGAAGAGAUGGCCGACCGUGCCAAAGAGCUCAUAUGGUACCCCUUUACCCAGCACCAAGGCAUGCAGGCUAAGGACAUUACCGUCAUCGACUCAGCGUAUGAUGACUAUUUCCAAACAUUCGGCUCAAAAACAUCCAAAGAUACUCAAAGUGAACUGCGCCCGACAUUCGAUGGGUCUGCGUCCUGGUGGACUCAAGGCUUGGGCCAUGGUAACCCUGAGCUGUCACUAUCUGCUGCCUAUGCCGCCGGUCGGUAUGGACAUGUCAUGUUUGCGGGGGCCGUUCAUGAGCCAGCACUGGCGCUUGCGGAUGAUUUAUUGAAAACGCUUGAAAACCCAAGGCUUACCAAGGUCUUCUACACAGACAAUGGUAGCACGGGGAUGGAAGUAGCCGUGAAGAUGGGCCUACGCGCUUCUUGCGACCGAUACGGCUGGGAUGCCAGCCAGGAGCAAAUUGGUAUCCUUGGACUUAAGGGUAGCUACCACGGUGACACUAUCGGUGUGAUGGACUGCUCGGAACCUUCAAUAUUCAAUAAGAAGGUCGAGUGGUAUCGUGGCCGUGGCCACUGGUUUGAUUUCCCACUUGUCAAGAUGGUUGGCGGAUCUUGGAAAGUUGAGAUCCCCGGCGAACUACAAGCAGAACUCGGCGAGGAUAUUGAUUUCGCUUCAUUGGGAUCGGUCUUUGACCUCAACCAGCGUCUUGAGUCUGCCACUGCUCAGCGUUAUAAGGACUACAUCCAUUGCACUAUUGAGGAUCUCGUCAAGCGACAAGGAGUGAAGUUUGGAGCAUUGAUCCUGGAACCUGUCAUCCUCGGUGCGGGUGGAAUGCUUUUCUGUGACCCCCUCUUCCAGAGAUGUCUGACCGAUGUGGUUCGCGACCACCCAGAGUUGUUCUCCACCAGCGCUUCUGCUCCCAAAGAAUCUCCGUCCUGGUCAGGGCUGCCAGUUAUCUUCGACGAAGUCUUCACUGGACUAUACCGUCUCGGUCGUCGGACAUCCGCAUCUUUCUUAGGCGUACACCCUGAUGUCGCCGUCAACGCCAAACUCCUCACAGGUGGGCUGGUACCUCUCUGCACGACUGUCGCUAGCGAGGAAAUUUUCAAUGCUUUCUCGAGUCCAGAGAAGAGCGAUGCCCUCCUCCAUGGCCACAGUUACACUGCCCAUGCAGUUGGAUGCACAGUUGCUGUGGACUCCUUGAAGACCAUGGCCAAGCUUGAUACUGAUGGAUCGUGGGAUGCAUACCGUGCUGACUGGCGUAGCAACUCACCUGCUACUGCUGAAGCUUCAACUCCUGAUGUGUGGAGUGUCUGGUCACAUGGUCUGCUCCAGGACUUGUCUUCCACGAACUCGGUGGAAAGCGUGUUUGCCAUUGGAACCGUGCUUAGUAUUUCACUGCGUGAUGCAGCUGGUGGGGGUUACAACUCCAAUGCUGCGAAGGGACUGCAGCAGAAGUUGGCUGUUGGCGGCGAUAACUUCAAUGUUCACUCCCGCGUCCUCGGAAACGUCCUUUACCUGAUGUCUAGUGUCACUUCUAAACCUGAGUCGCUCCGAGAGAUGGAGCGUCUCCUCCGAGCAGCAUUAGUGCGAAGGCCGUCUCCCAAAUGGCCUCUUCUUUUCCUUGGUCCGGCCGUCCUUUAUUAUACCUCCCAACAAUUUAAGGAUGGAGUUGACUUUAACUUGGAUCAAACACUUCUUUCCGUCCCCUCUGCCGAGCACGCUCGCAAUUGGAGUGCUUUCUAUACUACUGGCACCCAUCUUCCUGGGCAAGGCCUUCAACAGGCGCAAUGGACCCAAGAAAAAUGGAAAGAAUUCGGUCUUUCUGACACCCAAAUUCUUUCAUUUGAUACCGAGUUGCCAACUGUGAUCGGACCGCAGCGCGUGGCCCUUUUCCAAGACUCAAACGUGUUGUAUGAGGCCCCCUUGGUCGACGGCGACGACCAACAAGACUUCGCACCCGCAUUUUUCUCAUUUUCCACGAAUGGCAAUAUUAGCGCUUCCUACGUGUUCGCCAACUUUGGUGGCGAGGAAGACUUUGAGGCUCUCGCACGGGCUAAUAUUAGCGUGGAGGGCAAGAUCGCAGUUUUAAAGCUUGCCGAUGUGUCGCCAUAUCUACGUGAGCGUGGAAUUAACAUCUUCCGAGGUGAGCAGAUCAAUAACUGUGCGAGAAGAGGCGUGGCAGGUGUGCUCGUCUAUCCCGAUCCCCAGAACGAUGGGCCAAUCACUGAUUCAAAUGGAUACGAGCCUUUUCCCAAUGGCCCUGCCCGACCGCCAACUUUGAUAGAGCGCGGUACUAUUGGCGAUAUCUAUGCAUUCAAAAACGGCUAUCUGCCAACUAUACCGUGUAUCCCAAUAUCCUACGCCGACGCUAUUCCUCUCCUCACUGCCUUGAAUGGACACGGCCCAUUGGCCUCCGAUUUCGACGAGCGAUGGCAUGGUGGUGGCUUAGAAUACCGCGGUGUGCACUAUAACGUUGGCCCAUCGCCCGACAACGUUUAUAUCAAUCUUAUCACCCAUGCAGAGAUCAACCCAGGUCAAGUGCAUAAUGUGAUCGCCACCAUUCCAGGUGAAGUCGCAGAUGAAGUUGUUAUCCUUGGCAAUCAUCGUGACGCCUGGGGCCCUGGCGCUGGGGAUCCAGGAAGCGGAUCAGCAGCCCUCAACGAAGUUAUUCGUAGCUUCGGCGUCGCAGUCCGUAAAGGCUGGCGACCACACCGCACCCUUAUGUUGGCUAGCUGGGAAGGCGAGGAGUUUGGGCAGGUUGGCUCCUUAGCUUGGAUACAGGCGAACAUGCCCUGGGUAAAUGCGACUGCAGUAGCUUACCUCAACGUCGUGGUUGCAGCUGGAGGCCGCACUCUCCACGUAAAUGCUAGCCCUCUACUGCAUGGUGCGAUAAAGGAUGCAACACAGCGGGUGGAAUCUCCUGACGAGCCAGGUAAAACCGUGUUCGACGUCUGGGACAAAAAAAUAAACCCGCCAGGAGGUGGCGAUGCCAUUUAUUUCUCAGGAUCUGCAUGUAUAUCGACCCUGGACAUGGGAUUUAUACCAGGCAUAGGUGAUAGCCCAUUUACCUACCACUCUGGUUUUGAUACUCAUGACUGGAUGGAUCGAAUUGGAGAUCCGGGUUGGCAACAUCAUGUCACCAUGGCAAAGAUCUGGUCUCUCAUGGCGGCCCGCCUAGCUGAAGCACGCGUACUGCAGAUGCAUGCUUCUGAUUACGCUGUGGCUUUGAGAGAAUGGUUGGACAAUCUGUUUGCGAACGAUUCGUUGCCCCAGAUUGAUUCAACUGUACUGUAUGAUGCUGUUGGCCGACUAUCGCAAGCUGCAAAACAAUUUGACACCGAUACUGCAUCCCUCACAGCGUAUGAAUGUCCCUGGUGGAAUUUCUGGUCUGAUUGUGGACUUGAAGCCGCUUACAGUGCUGCGAACAAGAAGUACAUGGGGAUCGAAAGGGCUUUCUACUACGAUAUUGAUCAGGAUGACAACCUACCCGCUCUCAUUGAUGGUAAUCCUUACUUUCAUCAUGUGCUGUAUAGACCUGGAGCGUGGUAUGCAAAUUCACUAGUAUUUCCGGGACUGGGCGAUAGUUUGAGCGCGGGGAAUUGGACAAAUGUCGAGGUUAGUAUAAUUCCCGUCCAUUUCCAUUUGCCCUUUACUGACUUGAGUAGCGGUGGUGUGAAAUUCUAG